AUGCCCACAAAUUACGAAUAUGAUGAGACCAGCGAGACGUGGCCGUCUUUCGUCUUGACUGGGAUCUUGAUGGCUGUAGGACCCAUGACACUGUUUCAAAUAUACCAAAUUCUCUUUGGGCCCACGGAUGAAAAUGUGAAUUCAGGGAAUCGGAAAGAGUUGAAUGAGGAAGUCUUCACGAAGGUGAAUGAAGAAUACACCAGCGAUGAAAUCAAACGGUUUAGAAAAAAGUUUGACAGGAAUAGUAAUAAGAAGUCCAAAAUAUGGAGUAAAAGGAAUAUCAUAAUUAUAUUCGGCUGGAUCUUGGUUGCAGUACUUCUGCAAAGGAUUAAUAGUAACGAUGCAAUUAAGGGUGUUGCUACAAAAUUGUUCGAUCCUUAUGAAAUAUUGGGUGUCUCAACUAGUGCCUCUGACAGAGAUAUCAAAUCCGCCUAUAGGAAAUUAUCAGUUAAGUUUCAUCCUGAUAAAUUGGCUAAAGGUUUAACACCUGAUGAAAAGAACGUGGUGGAAGAAGCUUAUGUGCAAAUUACAAAGGCUUAUGAAUCUCUGACUGACGAAUUGGUGAGACAAAAUUAUUUGAAGUACGGGCAUCCAGAUGGUCCACAGUCUACUUCGCAUGGUAUUGCUUUGCCAAGGUUCCUGGUGGAUGGAAGUGCAUCUCCACUAUUGGUGGUUUGUUAUUUUGUAUUAUUAGGUUUAAUCUUGCCAUAUUUCGUUAGUAGAUGGUGGGCGAGAACUCAAUCGUAUACUAAAAAAGGAAUCCACAAUGUGACGGCCUCUAAUUUUGUUAGCAACUUGGUCAAUUAUAAGCCAUCAGAAAUUGUUACUUUAGAUUUGAUCUUACAUUGGUUAUCUUUCGCUAAUGAAUUCAAGCAAUUCUGCCCAGGAUUACAGCCAGCAGACUUUGAAAAAUUGUUGCACGAUCAUAUCCAACGCAGAGAUAGUGGUAAACUUAAUGAAAUCAAGUUUAGGAUAGUGGCCAAAUGUCAUUCUUUACUGCAUGGGUUAUUAGAUAUUGCCUGUGGAUUUAGAAACCUGGAUAUUGCGUUGGGUGCAAUCAAUACUUUUAAAUGUAUUGUCCAAGCUGUGCCAUUAACACCGAACUCCCAAAUUCUUCAGUUGCCCAACAUAGAUAAGGAGCAUUUCAGUAAUGAAUCCAAGGAUAUCCAUACAUUGGGUAAACUAUUUACUUUAGAAGAUGCCAAAAUUGGCGAAGCUCUUGGCAUAAAGGAUCAAACAAAGUUAGACGAAACUUUGAGAGUUGCAUCAUAUAUUCCGAACUUGAAAAUCAUCAAAGCAGACUUUCUUGUUCCAGGCGAAAAUCAAGUUACACCAUUGUCUACCCCAUACAUCUCUUUAAAAGUACUCGUUCGUUCUGCUAAGCAGCCAUUGUUACCUACUAGUUUGAUUCCUGAAGAUAAACUAGUGGAAUCUCAAGAUUUUGAAUCUCAGAGAGAUCCAUUUGCAAUGAUGAGUGAACAACCAAUUGUUCCAUUCUCAUUUGCCCCAUUUUUUCCAACAAAGAGACGUGGUAGUUGGUGCUGUCUGCUGACUUCUCAAAAAGAUGGUAAAAUACUUCAAACACCAAUUAUUAUUGAAAAACUAUCCUACAAGAACUUAAAUGAUGAUAAAGACUUUUUUGACAAAAGGAUAAAACUCGACUUGACCAAAGACGAUAAGUUUGAUAUAAAUGAUUGGGAAAUUGGGACCAUAAAAAUUCCGUUGGGCCAACCUGCGCCUGAAACUGUUGGGGAUUUCUUUUUCAGAGUAAUUGUUAAAUCUACAGAUUAUUUCACCACAGAUUUGGAUAUUACUAUGAACAUGAAAGUCCGUGAUUUGCCUGUAGUAGAAGAGGAAGUAGAUAUUUAUUCUGAAGAAGAAGAAGAUGACUACUCCAGUGAUGACAAUGAAAGUGAAAGUGAUGACCAAAGUGAUGCUAGUGACUAUACUGAUAUCGACACGGAUACUGAGGCUGAAGAGGACGAAUCAACUGAAUAG